AUGUUUGCCAACGGGUGCCGGCAAUCUGAACUCCGCAACAGGAUGGUCGUCGACACUACGGCACGCAAUACAUGGAAGCUCGAUGCCUCGAAGUUCAAUCUCGUGAACAAGAACUGGUUCGAGGACUUUAGCUCAAGGAUACUGCGUGAUACGGCCAAAGGACUCGGUAUGUUCGAACUACGAGCAGAUCCUCACAAGCUUUUCCUCUACGAACUCGGAUCGUUCUUCCAAGCCCAUAGUGAUUCGGAAAAGGAACAAGGCAUGGUCGGAACUCUUGCUGUCUGUCUUCCCUCGCAACAUGAGGGCGGUGACGUUUGCUUGUCCUUUCGAUCUCAAAAACGGCGUCUUUAA